AUGAAAUUAUCAAUAUGUAAUUUAAUUCUAGAAAGUCAUACAAGUCCAUAUUAUGUUGCUGAUUAUUUGCUUUAUUAUAUGAACAAGCACAAAGAUUUUUCUUAUUUAAAUCAAUUAAAAAUGGAAGAGCCAAUUGAUGAUAUUAGACAAGCAUUAAUUCAAUGUUGCAAAGCAUUCAAUUUACGUGUAAAAUCGAGUGUAUUCCAAACAACUGAAACAAAUAAGGAUCUUUGGGAUGUUUUUGGAGCUAGCACACAUUUUUUAAAACUUUUUAGAAAUGGGCAUUUUAGUGAUAAUUUUUUGGAUAGAGAUUUACUCGGCUUCCAUGAUUCACGAACAACUUGUUUAUCUUCGUCCAGAAAUACAAAGAAAAUGAAAAAAAUGUGAUCA